AUGGUGAUGGAGAAGCCGAGUCCCCUGCUUGUAGGGCGGGAGUUUGUGAGGCAGUAUUACACGCUUUUGAACAAGGCGCCUGACUUCCUUCACAGGUUCUACGGGAGGAACUCUUCCUAUGUUCACGGAGGUCUCGACCCAAGCGGGAAGCUGGCUGAAGCGGUGUGCGGGCAAGCGGAAAUCCACAAGAAAGUGAUGUCCCUGCAGUUCAGUGAAUGCCACACAAAGAUCAGGCACGUGGACGCUCACGCCACGCUCAGCGACGGCGUGGUGGUGCAGGUUCUCGGAGAGCUCUCCAACAAUGGGCAGCCAAUGCGGAAGUUCAUGCAGACAUUCGUGCUGGCCCCGGAGGGUUCAGUGGCCAACAAGUUCUACGUACACAAUGACAUCUUCCGCUAUGAGGACGAAGUAUUUUGCGACUCGGAAGCCGAACUCGACGAGGAAUCAGAGGAGGAAGUGGAAGAGGAGCCAGAAGAGAGGCAGGCAUCCCCCGAGCCUCUGCAAGAGAGCCCCAACAGCGCUACCUACUACGAGCCUCACCCUGUCGCUAACGGAGUGGAGGAACCCAUGGAGGAACCGGCUCCCGAACCAGAAAUGGAGCCGGAGCCAGAGCCCAAAGUAGAGGAGAUCAAACCCGAAGUGGAUGAGAAGGUUCUAGAAGAAAUGGAGGAAAAAGCUCCCUCGCCAGUCCCGGUGGAAUCUCCGCCUCACGCGCAGGAGCCACCCAAGACCUUCUCAUGGGCGUCUGUGACCAGCAAGAACUUGCCUCCUCCCGGAGGCGCUUCUGGAAUCUCACCCCAUGUUGUCAAAGCUCCGAGCUCACAGGCCCGAGUGGAAGCCAAGCCAGAAACACAGGCGAUGCCGCUGCGACCCAGAGACCAGCGUACCCGUGACAGACCCACCUUCCCCCCACGGGGUCCCCGACCCGACGAGAGACCAUCUGAGUCACAAAUGGGAAAACCGCACCUGAGUUUUGUCAAUAAAGGUGAUGGCGAAUCCGGCGAAAUGGACGUGAGGCGAACCGUGCGCUACCCUGACAGUCACCAGCUCUUCGUGGGCAACCUCCCGCACGACAUCGAUGAGAGCGAGCUCAAAGACUUCUUUAUGACCUACGGGACGGUGGUAGAACUGCGCAUCAACACCAAGGCCGUCAGCGGAAAGCUCCCCAACUUUGGAUUUGUGGUGUUUGACAACUCUGAUCCGGUGCAGAAAAUCCUUGAGGCGAAGCCCAUCAUGUUCCGAGGCGAAGUGCGUCUGAACGUGGAGGAGAAGAAGACCAGGGCGGCGCGUGAGCGAGAGAGCCGGGCCGCCGGCAACGACGACCGCCGGGACAUGCGGCGCAACGACCGAGGGCCGGGCGGCCCGCGCGGCAUCAUGGGAAGCGGUAUGAUGCGGGACCGCGACGGCAGGGGACCGCCGCCCCGGGGCGGAAUGGCUCCCAAGCCGGGCUCCGGUAGGGGCUCGGCCGGAAUCGGCGAAGGUCGCUUCAACACCCAGCGCCGCUGA